GUACUAGAACAUCGGAUGGGUGUUUUGGGAAGCGAGAAAAACCGGGGCAGUGAGGCCAAACCCAGCGGCGGCCGCGGGCGCAAACCGCAGCGUGGCACGGAGACGGACGGGGACACGCGGCCGCAGCCCGCGCACAACAGCUCGCCGCGGGCCUCACCCUCUGUUUUAAAGAAAGCUGCUCUCCUCUCUGCUCCUCAUCAAGAACAGCAUCCAAGUCUUCAGCCCGUUGUCUCCCCUAGAACAAUUCGUUCAGAGAUCCUCGUGCUUGGCCCUCCUGCAUAUAUGGCAUCCGCCGCUCCCCCCGCCGCCGCCGCCGGAGCCGGGCGCCGCAUCGUGGUGGCCGUGGACGAGGGCGAGGAGAGCGCGCACGCGCUCGCCUGGUGCCUCGCCAACGUCGUCUCCCCGGCGGGCGGCGACACGCUCGUGCUCGUGCACGCGCGCCGCCCGCGCCCCGUCUACGCCGCCAUGGACAGCGCAGGGUACAUGAUGACCUCGGACGUGCUGGCGAGCGUGGAGCGGCACGCCAGCGCCGUCUCGGCGGCGGCCGUCGACAAGGCCAGGCGCCUGUGCGCCGAGCACCCGCACGUGACGGUGGAGACGCUGGUGGAGAGCGGGGACCCGCGGGACGUGAUCUGCGACGCCGCCGACAAGGUGGGCGCCGACCUGCUCGUCAUGGGCAGCCAUGGAUACGGAUUCAUCCAGAGGGCGUUCCUGGGCAGCGUCAGCAACCACUGCGCGCAGAACUGCAAAUGCCCGGUCCUCAUCGUCAAGAGGCCCAAGGAGUAGAAUGGCCCUUGCAAAUGCUGCAGCUUGCAAGCAUGUGGCAUCAUAUAUGUAAAUAUUUUUUUUAUCUUCCCAUGGCACUGGUUUCUUGUUCGAGAACAUGAUCAGAGCACCAGAGUUUUCUGCUGGAAUAAGAGAUUCAGACUGUGUAUUCGUCAGUUAUUGUAUUGCAUAAUAUUCUGUUCUCUGAAUCUGAGAGCAAAGUGGUUGGUCGUCUUUGCCAAACCAUGUAUUCCUACUA